AUGGACCCACAACAUCAACGAGGAGCUAAAGAGGUACGGUGGAUAGAACAACAACAUCAACGAGGAACUAAAGAGGUACGGUGGAUAGACCCACAACAUCAACGAGGAACUAAAGAGGUACGGUGGAUAGACCCACAACAUCAACGAGGAACUAAAGAGGUACAGUGGAUAGACCAACAACAUCAACGAGGAACUAAAGAGGUACGGUGGAUAGACCAACAACAUCAACGAGGAACUAAAGAGGUACGGUGGAUAGAACAACAACAUCAACGAGGAACUAAAGAGGUACAGUGGAUAGACCAACAACAUCAACGAGGAACUAAAGAGGUAUGGUGGAUAGAACAACAACAUCAACAAAGCACUGAAGAGGUACAGUGGAUAGACCCACAACAUCAACGAGGCACUAAAGAGGUACAGUGGAUAGACCCACAACAUCGACGAGGCACUAAAGAGACCCACAACAUCAACGAGGAACUAAAGAGGUAUGGUGGACGGUGGAUAGAACAACAACAUCAACAAAGCACUGAAGAGGUACAGUGGAUAGACCCACAACAUCAACGAGGCACUAAAGAGGUACGGUGGAUAGACCCACAACAUCAACGAGGCACUAAAGAGGUACGGUGGAUAGACCAACAACAUCAACGAGGAACUAAAGAGGUACGGUGGAUAGACCAACAACAUCAACGAGGAACUAAAGAGGUACGGUGGAUAGAACAACAACAUCAACAAAGCACUAAAGAGGUACAGUGGAUAGACCCACAACAUCAACGAGGCACUAAAGAGGUACAGUGGAUAGACCAACAUCAACGAGGCACGGUGGAUAGACCAACAACAUUAAAGAGGCACUAA